GCCCCUUCGUGUACAUACGGUGGAUAUCAUCGGAGAAAGACAGAAUAUACAGUCCGCGCUCAUGAGGAGCCCUGUAAGGAAUUAUUGAACUGGAUAUCUUGUGUUCAUUCGUAUAGUUGAAGUGUGGACGUUUUUUGUUAUCUACUUUCGCAUUGACUGCAUUGGGGAUGCUUUUGUUUUAAUGGUGCAGGAAACGACCUCAGACAGAACAAUGAGACGGCAAGUACUGUUGUUUCUCUCGGUGCUAUGUCUUAGCGACGUGCUCGGGCAGGUCAGCUAUUCUAUUCCCGAAGAAAUGGCGAAAGGCUCUGUCGUUGGUAACAUAGCGCAUGAUUUAGGUUUAGAUCUUAAAAGGCUGAAAUCAGGCAAAGCUCGUGUCUAUACAGGAGGCAGCGUAGAAUACAUCGGGCUGAAUAAAGAAAGGGGAGUCCUCCUUAUCCAAGAGAGGAUAGACAGAGAGGCUUUAUGUGGAGAGACGACGCCUUGUGCUUUACAUUUCCAGUUAAUUCUGGAAAACCCAAUGGAACUGUUUCGUGUAACAGUGGAGAUCACCGACAUAAACGAUAAUAGCCCCAGUUUUACUAAUGCAGAAAAACGCUUUGAAAUCAGCGAGUCCGCUGUGAUAGGAUCGAAAUUUGUAUUAGAGAAAGCUAUUGAUUCUGACAUUGGGAUGAAUGGAUUACAGCGAUAUUCACUUAGUCCCACUAAUAACUUUGUAUUAAAACCUGGAAAUCAGGCAGGCGGAAGUAAAAAGGUAGAGAUGGUUCUACAGAAGCCUCUAGAUCGAGAAAAGCAAGAACACAUCUCACUGUUGUUAACUGCUGUAGACGGAGGGGAGCCGCAGAUGUCAGGGACAAUGCAGAUAUUUGUCAAUGUAUUAGAUGCGAAUGACAACGCACCUACAUUCGCUAAACCGCUGUAUAGAGCAAAAAUACUAGAACAUUCUCCCAAAGGCACCAGCGUAACGACUGUAAGUGCAUCUGAUAAAGACAUCGGCUCUAACGGAGAAGUAUCAUAUCUGAUAUCCACCAGCGAACGUCUUUUAUCUGAACUUUUUAAGAUUAAUUCGACAACCGGAGACAUUUUCCUAAUCGGUGAAAUAGAUUAUGAAAAGGCGAAAAUGUAUGAAAUGGAUAUUGAAGUUGUAGACAGCGGGGGACUCUCUGAUUCCACUAAAGUAAUAGUUGAUGUUAUUGAUAUAAAUGACAAUAAUCCUCACAUAAAUAUUGUUUCUAAAUCAGAGUCCAUAUUAGAGGAUUCACCUCCAAACACUGUUAUAGCUAUGUUAAGUGUGAAUGAUCCAGAUUCAGAGACUAGUGGACAGGUAGAGUGUAAUAUAGACAGUAGCAUUCCCUUCAAAAUACAAACUACAUUAAAUGGAUUUUAUACUUUAGUUACAGAAGUCAAUUUAGACAGAGAGAUCGCUUCUCAAUACAAUAUAACUAUUACCUGCUCUGAUGAGGGAGUACCCUCCCUCUCCAGCAGCGUCACUCUCACCUUACAGAUCUCUGAUGUGAAUGAUAACGCGCCUGUCUUUGAGAGGAGCUCAUAUGAGGCCUACAUUGUAGAAAACAACACACCAGGUCUAUCUGUAUUCACAGUGAAAGCCAGAGACGCUGACUGGAACCAGAAUGCCCGUGUUUCUUACAUACUGGAGGACUCCUCAGUUAACGGAGUGCCAGUCUCCUCAUAUGUGUCCGUUAGUGCUGAUAGUGGAGUCAUCCAUGCAGUGCGCUCUUUUGACUACGAGCAGAUCAAAGACUUCCACUUCCGCGUCAAAGCGCAGGAUGGAGGCUCUCCUCCACUCAGUAACAAUGUGACUGUUAAAAUACUGAUCCAGGACCAGAACGACAACCCUCCUCAGGUUCUGUACCCAGUCCAGACUGGAGGCUCUCUGGUGGCUGAAAUGGUGCCUCGUUCAGCAGAUGUGGGCUAUCUGGUCACUAAAGUGGUGGCUGUUGAUGUGGACUCUGGACAGAAUGCCUGGCUCUCCUAUAAACUGCAGAAAGCCACAGACAGGGCGCUGUUUGAAGUGGGCUUACAGAAUGGAGAAAUAAGAACUAUCCGCCAAGUCACUGAUAAAGAUGCUGUGAAACAAAGACUGACUGUUAUAGUGGAGGACAACGGGCAGCCCUCUCGUUCAGCUACAGUCAUUGUUAACGUGGCGGUGGCGGACAGCUUCCCUGAAGUGCUGUCUGAGUUCACUGACUUUACACACGACAAGGAGUACAAUGACAACCUGACUUUUUACUUAGUGUUGGCUUUGGCUGUAGUUUCCUUCCUCUUCAUCACGUGUUUGGUGGUUAUUAUAUCAGUGAAAAUCUACAGAUGGAGACAGUCUCGCAUCCUGUAUCACUCCAAUCUCCCUGUGAUUCCAUAUUAUCCACCACGUUACUCAGACACUUUGGGGACAGGGACUCUCCAACACGUGUACAAUUACGAGGUGUGCAGGACGACUGACUCCAGAAAGAGUGACUGUAAGUUCGGCAGAGCUGGUAGUCAGAACGUGCUGAUAAUGGACCCCAGUUCUACAGGGACGAUGCAGCGGAUACAGAGUGAAAAGAACAUCCUGGAUGAACCAGACUCCCCUCUAGAGGUUAGACUCAUGGAAUUACACAAAGUUUUCUAUUACAGCUUUAAUGGUAGCACUUUUUUUCUUUCAAUCCAUUAUGUUGCUCACUAAACUUGGAACUCUUGGUAAAGUCAAAAUCAUAAUAGAAUGCACCUAUGCUUUCUUCUUUAUCCAGUUCUUAAUCCCUUCAAUUUUGCGUCCUCAAUAUCUUUUAUAAUGUGACCUUUAAUACAGUCUACUUCAUGUUUCAAUUGUUUUAUUAAAACCUGUACAUUGUUGUCUUUAGUGCAAAAUUCAGCAACAUGUACAGAAGCCCAACAUUGAAUGGAUUUUAUGGAUUUCAAGGCAACAAUUUGAAAGUUAGUUUAGGAUUUGAAUCCUGACAUUUUCUGCAGCUAGUUUGCCAUUAGCUUUUAUAGCUCUGCAAUAGAGUGCAUCUAUUGAUUAAGAGCUGAAAGUGCUAUGUUAAGACACUUUGUAGUUGCUUUGCACUCAAACCACUUUAACUGCUGUGUUUAAGAAUGCUGGGAUUGCCAAAAGUGACACAAUGUUUACUAUUCUACAUCUUAUAAACUUUUUAUUGUGCACUUCUUUAUCACCUAUUUCCACCCUUGUAUAUUUUAACAGCAUAUUUUUAUGAGGGCAAACAUGACUUGUGUUUAUUAUUCUGAAAAUACCUUUCCUGUUUAAUAAGUAUCAUACUUAUUUGCAACAAUGCAAUCUUUCUGUUGCCUUUAUCACUGCAACAUUCUCACAUGAUUUGUCAUUAAAACAGCUUGUCAUGCCUACUGGUUUAUAUUAUUGUGCAUUCAGCACCAGUGUCAUGGACAGCAUUGUACAGAGAGGGAAACUGCACAAGACACACCAGUGUUAACAGUCAAAGCAUUAUGCCCAAUUACUCCAAAAUAUAUAUUUACAAUGUCCCUUUCCAGAAGAUUGUUCCACCACAAAUGUGAAUGCACAUUGUUAGUGUUUAUUUACAGUAUUGUAAAUUUGUAUAUUUUUAGAUCCGAU